CUACGAGGAGUGUUUGCAAGUGAUGGACAAGCUCCUGGACAAGCAGUUUGAGAACAACAAGUUUCCAAAGAGUGCUUGUAAUUUAGCGCUUGCUGCCUGCUACAAACUGAAUACGCCGGAGAGUUGGGAUUAUUCUUCCAGGAUAUUGAGGAAUGCUCAAGAAUCCGGGGCCGAAUUGACGCGGAAAGCUGUUUGCUUCAAUGCUGGCCUUGGGCUGAAGCAGAANGCCGAAUUGACGCGGAAAGCUGUUUGCUUCAAUGCUGGCCUUGGGCUGAAGCAGAAAAAGCUGCAGGAAGCGGCGGAGGUUUUGGCAGUUUCUCCGCAGCCCAAUUACGUCACUGUUCGGAAUCUCAAGAUCAUGACUUUGGCGCUGCUAAACAGACACGAAGACGCUUUGUCGGUAUUGAAUGCGAUUGCAAAUGCGGAUAAUCCCACUGGAUUGUCCAGAACGUCUGUCACGAAAGACUGUAUCGAAGUUUUAGAUGAUGUGUUUGGGAAGAUGAACGACCAGGUGCUGGUGUCGGAGUACCAGAGGCUGAGGAAAGGACUUCAGCAGAUCGGGCAAACGUUUGAAACGACGCUCGAUGAAUUGCUCACGAGUCCGAUCCAGCAGAAUAUGAGUGCCCAGCAGAACAGACGCAACACGGGGAUUCUAGCAGCUGGUUUCGGCCAGCAAAAUCAUCGCGAUCCCCAGUACCAGCAAAAGCGGUACCCGAGGCAACGACAACGAUUCGUUCGCCCGGGACUCGCUGAAAUGGAGUGACUUGAAAAGAAAAAUAGGAACUCCGUUCGAGCGGAUAUUGAAAUUUAGUGGACUUUUUUUUUCCUUUUUUUCUUGUAUCUCGGAGCCGGUUGCCGGAAAAAAAAGAAAAGCACGUUGGCGUGUUUUUCCGCGGGUGCGAAAUGGAAACCGUGUUCAAAUUA